AUGGACACCACAUUCAUCACCAUUCACGAUCUCACCGAUGACGCUCACAUUUUGUACUCUUCCGACUCCAUUGUGGACAUCCUCGGCCACACCCCUGACGAGGUCGUCAACCACUCAGUAUGGCAGUUCUUCCAUCCAGAGGAACUACCCAUCGCCAAGACCAAGUACGGUCGAGGAGUGCGCCUCGACAAGGCAGCUGUCCUGUCGUACUGCCGCCUCAAAAACCGUCAGGGAGACUGGGUCGGCUGCGAGUGUUGUUUCUCCAUUGUCUACGAUGUAAUGGUAUGCUGCACGAGUAUCUACAGGCAUGGCAUGGAAAGCCAGAAGCGUGCUGUCGAGGCCCCUAUCGUCCGUAAAUUGUUCGCUUCGUCUCCCAAAGAUCCCCGUUACCAUAUGCUGUCUCAUCUCUCCAGCAAAUUCGACCUCGGCCCGGACGACCAAACCCACGAACCUCGCGCAGCCCUUUUCCUGAAUCGAUUCACCCGAACCUUGACUGUCAUGUAUGCCACGGGUGGGAUCGAGCAAAUUGUUGGUGUCAGUGGCGAAGAGAUGAAGGGACGAAGUUUCUACUACUGCAUCGCCUUGAACUGCCUUACCGAGGCCGUACGCUGUCUUGAAUCCGCCAAAGGAAACGACUCGAUAGCCUAUAUGCGUUUUAUGUUUCGGGACCCCCGCCAAGAAGAUCCACCGGAAUUGACUUCAUCUGAGAGCGAGGAUGACGAGAUGACUGAUGUUACGAGCGACGACGAUGAGUCUGUUGAGGGGGGUGUGCGGCUUGGUCAUCCGUCGUCAAAUGGCAUGCAUGCAGGACACCGACCGAACGGUUCCCAUGGGAACAGCGAAGAGCCGCCGGUCAAUCAUCGCACAGAAUCUGGAGACAGUGCUGCGCAAGCAGACACACACCGUGGCGUCUUUGGAGAAGAUCCGAGGAGACACUCAUCUACCUCUUCACUAGGAGGUUCACCAUCGGUGCAUCAAAACGAUGACAUUGAACUUGAAGCUGUCAUCUCGUGCACCACGGACGGACUUGUAGUAUGCUUACGUCGUGCUCGACCAAUGCUUCCAGGAACGGUACCCAUUUCACAAACAGGGCAGCCAUACACCGGUAUCUAUGCGGCUCCAUGGGCGUCGCAGCCUGUGUUCCACCCGGCUCCACCAUUGAUGCCACCCUACCCUCUGGGUGCUCAACACCCAGCCAUGUUGCACUCAGGACCAUCUUUGCAAUUCCAAAACCAAUUCAUGCAAAGUAUUCGCGAUGUCGCCGUCUUCGCAUGGGCUCUGACAGGCAUCAACGGCAGCUUAGCGGAAUACGCGCGAGGUACCCCGAAGGGAGAAAGUCAGCCACCGCAGGGUUUCCCAAUCUGGAAUCCUCUUCCCGAUCCGUCGGUGCUUGGACACAAGAAGUCCGAAACCCCUUCUGGAUAUGGUUCAGGUACUAACAGCACCUCAAGCAAUGAUAACUUUGGAUUCGGUGAUCCUGGCCUGAAGUAA